AUGGAUACAGCAGAUCGAGAAUUCUUCAACAAAUUGGAGCGCCGUUAUAAAGUGAUUCUAGAGAGUCCGUCUAUCCAGCAGCUAUCUACAGACGUCGAGGGUCUUGCCCUUGAUGACAAACAAUCCACGUCUCAUCUUGGAACAGCGGGGUCGGACGAAAUAAAGAUGGAAGGCGAAACCAUGAUGAAGAACGCCUACGCUUCUCUGAUUGAAGCGCAUCUAGAGUUAUUCCCCAAAAAAUCACAUAAACCGACCCUAUUAUUGCCCUUGACAAAGCACAUAUCGGCCAUCUCAUAUAUUGUGUCGAGCCAUUAG